AUGUGCUCUCCAGAGCUCCAUGACCCUAGGCAGUUGGGGUGCGCUGUGCCAUGCCAAUCUUGGUACCGCAACAAAACUUCUCAGGCUGACAUGAUCCACCGCCGCCCCCACAGGAUGCAUCAAACCAAGGGAUACCAAAGGAGAAUUGGACACAAUGUUACGAGGUACCAGGACACUGCGCCCUCGCCUUUUGGGGCCAUAGUUCCGCAACACGCAUUAGGUGCAGGUGGAUCGAUGUGUCACGUGCUUCAGUAUUGCGGUCAUGCACUGACCUAUUUGCGUGUUGCUGGGCUGUUCUUUACAGAGCUGUGGUUGUUAGGCGUGCAUCCGAGCAGAAGCAAGCAGACUUGUCUGGAAUGGCGGUCCCAGCAGGCUGAACCCCCUGUUUUAGGUUGGUUUUAG